AUGAACGAUUCAUUAUUAAUGAAAGUACGUGACAUGCAAACAGAAUUGACAGUGAUUCGUCAAGAUAUUCAUGCUCAUCCAGAAAUGGCCAUGGAAGAAGAACGAACAGCAGCUCUUGUCGCUUCUAAACUCAAACAAUGGGGUUUAAUGGUUACUGAAGGUGUUGGUGGAUUCGGUGUUGUUGGUACAUUGAAGAGUCUUCAGCCAGGUGAUCGUUCUAUUGGCCUUCGUGCCGACAUGGAUGCUUUGCAAUUGAUUGAAAAGUGCGAUGUACCGUAUGUUUCGACAAAAGUUGGUACAAUGCACGCCUGUGGUCAUGAUGGACACACUGCUAUGCUGCUUGGUGCUGCGAAGUAUUUAGCCGAACAUCGGGACUCAUUCUGUGGAACUGUUCAAUUUAUCUUUCAACCAGCCGAAGAAGGACUUAAAGGUGCCAUUGCUAUGAUUAACGAUAAUCUGUUCGAACGAUUUCCUGUUGAUGCAAUUUAUGGUUUGCAUAAUGGUCCAGAACAAAUAGGAACAUUCUCUAUACGACCAGGCCCUCUAAUGGCAGCAUCCGAUCGUUGGUAUGUAACAUUUCGAGGUACUGGUGGACAUGGUGGAGCCGCACCACAUCUUGCAACUGAUAUUACAGUAUUACAAGCACAAUUCAUUAUGGCGCUACAAACCAUUGUUAGUCGUAAUAUCAAUCCGACUGAUCCAGCAGUGGUUAGUGUUGGUGCCAUCCAGGGUGGCUCUUUUCUAUCAGCUAAUGUUAUGCCAUCUGAAAUACGUAUUGGAGGUACUGCACGAAGUUUCACUAAACCUGUUCGUGAUCUUAUCGAACGACGUAUCAAUGAAUUAGCAAACAAUCUAGCUACGACGUUUGGCUGUACGGCUCAUGUAGAGUAUAGUCGAGGUGGAGUCCCUCUUGUUAAUCAUGAUGAGCAAACAAAACGAGCGAUUAAAGCUGCUGAAGCCGUCGUGGGUACGGCAAAUGUCAACAAAAACUCACAGCCUUGGAUGGGUGCAGAGGAUUUUGCUUUCAUGCUUUUGCAACGACCUGGUGCUUUUAUCCUCAUGGGUAUCAAUGAUGAAACAGUAUUCGUUAAGUUGCAUUCGCCUGAUUAUAACUUUAAUGAUGAGGCAAUCCCAUUUGGUGUCGCCUAUUGGAUAAGCCUUGUCCAGCAAGAACUCAACCAUUGA